AUGGGGCGUAAAGGCUUUAAGUCGGUGUGGACUGCCAACCGGAUCGGCGGAGCCGCCUAUUUGCACGCUGUAUAUGUGUUCGGGCUGGGGCGUAAGGGUAUUACGGCAUUUCUGGUCGGCGCAGGGUCUCCGGGACUUCACGUGGGUCCGCCGCUGCAGAAAUUGGGCAUCAAAGCUUCGUCUACGUGCCCGGUACAUUUCGAUGAUGUAGAGGUGUCCGAAGACUGCAUUUUAGGGGAGGUGGGCGAAGGCUACAAAGUCGCUAUGUCUCUGCUCAACGAAGGACGCAUAGGUGCGGCUUCCCGACUGAACCGUAAUAUAACCGUCGUGCCGGUGACAGAGACCCCGCUGCAAGCCUUGAGCAGCGCGGGCGAGCUGUGCAGUCGAAUACAAUGCCGCGAUCCAUGA